AUCUACUGUACCUGACUGAUAUAUAUACUAUCUCUCCCACCCACACAUUUGCUUCCUUCUUUUCUUCAUCAUCUUACAUCUCAACCUCCUUUGGCCAGAGAUUGAUAUCGUUCCCUCUUUUUGUUUUACACUCCUUGUUGCUCAUACGAUCAUUCAUAGCCUGUGGCUACUGAUAAAAAGUUCUAUACAUUCACAUUCAUUGACUGAAUACCCCACAAUCUCGACGAUUGCAUAUUCCAGAAACAACAAACAUUCAACUUUGCUCCUGAUUCGAUCCCAGUUGACUGGUUGAUCUCUCGAUACCACUGUCCUUUGCGAACAUCUAUACAAAUCUGAACAUACAACUCUCUUUAGCUGGCCAAUACUACUACCAUCUACAAACCGCACUCUUUCAAGAUGCGCUCAACCACCACCAGUGCCCUUGUGGCAGCUCUUCUCGCUAUUGCUCCUGCUGAUGCUUUCUGGCGUCUCCCCUGCAGAGCACCGCUCCUGUACGAGCGUACCGAUCCGAUUGUCAACCCAGGCGGUAUCUCCGCUCACGCCCACACCAUCAUGGGAGGUAAUGGGUUCAGCAACGACAUGACCUAUGCCGACACCCAAGCCUCAACUUGCUCGUCUUGCACAGUUACCAAGGAUUUCUCCAACUACUGGGUUCCCAACCUUUACUACAAGGGACCAGACGGCUCUUUCACCAGUGUCAAUCAGGUCGGCGGAGCUCUGAUCUACUAUCUCCAACGUGCCGAUCCCAAGGACCCAGAGUACGACCAAGGCCUGCUCGCCUUCCCAGAGGGUUUCCGUAUGCUUGCGGGAAAUCCUAUGCUCCGUUCCUUCACCAACACCCUGGAGCAACGUGCCAUCAGCUUUGCCUGCCUUGGAACCGACACCAAGGAGACCAAUGAGAUCCCCAACAUCAACUGCCCCAACGGUCUCCGUGCCCAAGUCUUCUUCCCAUCUUGCUGGGAUGGCAAGAACCUCGAUUCGCCCGACCACAAGUCUCACAUGGCCUACCCUGAUCGCGUCGAUAACGGCGUUUGCCCCGACUCUCACCCCAAGCGCUUCAUCUCCCUCUUCUACGAGGUUGUCUGGGAUACCCCUAAGUUCGCCGACAAGUUUGUCAACGGCAAGCACCCCUUUGUCUUCUCCAACGGCGAUGAGACUGGUUACGGAUACCACGGAGACUUCGUUAACGGCUGGGAUGUACCAACUCUCCAAAGGGCUGUCACCGAGUGCACCAACUUGAGUGGUGUCGUUGAGGACUGCCCAGUCUUCCAGUUCUUCGAUGACGCGAAGGUCGAUACUUGCAAGAUCCAACCCACCAUCAGUGAGAAGAUUCAAGGCACUCUCGCUGCUCUCCCAGGCUGCAACGCUCCUUCCGGAGUGGGCGCGAAUGCCGUCGCUUCUAAGGACUGCGCCGCGAAUCCUGCCGUCGUCGACUCCGGCAGCACCGACAAGGCCAGUUCCAUCGCCUCUCCGGUUGCUUCAGCUUCCGCAUCUAAGGCCCCCACCGCUUCUUCCGCUUCGACCGGCCAGAGCUCCGCGGCACCAGUCGCCAACCAGGCACCAGUCUCCAGCAAUGCACCAGUCUCUAACAAUGCACCAGUCUCCAACGAGGUUCCUGCUGCCAACCAGAACAAUGUGGAGUCACCAGACGUUGUCCAGACCAUGACCGUUUACCCCGUGGCCGAGGCAAAGCCAACCGCAGUAGUCGACACCGUCGAGAAGAACCAAUGCGGCGGCGUCGUCACCGUCACCGUCGCUGAGGUCACCGUGACCGUCACUCAAAUGGGCCAGGCGCCUGCCACCAACGCUGCGGUUGUCGAUGACUCUGUCAAGGUCGAUUCCCCCAAGGGAUCUGUGCCCGUCGCCUCUGCCGCGCCAGUCAAGGUCGAUUCUCCCAAGGGAUCCGUGCCCGUCGCCUCUGCCGCGCCAGUAGAGGAGAAGCCAGCGGCCUCAACCGUUGUCCCGAUCUUGCUGCCUAGCUCCACUGGUAUCUACACCAACGGCACCAAGCACAACAGCCACAGCCACGGUCCCAAGCACCCCCACCAGAGGCCAUCCGGCGGCUUCGCGCGCCCCACCGGUGCUCACCGCCGUGCCCACGCUGGCCACAGCAACUAAGACACCCCUCGUCUUAUCUCCUCUCAUCAUCUUCCACUUUUAGGUGUGAGAGAUGUAUUUAUACCUUCGACUUCUCUGUUUACACUUCCACCGCUAUAAGGGACGCCUCCUUGGGCCUCACCCUUCUUCACUUCACUUCACUUCUUUCUGGGAUGCGUUUUGCGCACCAGUGACCCCUUUUGGGUAUUCAUCGUUUAUACAGCAUAGGCUAUUUAUAUUUGGAGGAUCGGGAUUUUGUUAUUUUGGAUGUCUCUCUCCCCCCACCGUACUUAUUUUUCCGGCCUUGGAUCUGCCUGCCUUUUUUUUUGGUGGUUUGAGGUUGGGUUACACUCGUUUGAGACGGGUGGGUGGUAUACACACUUUUUUAGAGGAUAUGGGAGGGAGCAUUAUUUUGUAUAUUUAUUUGGGGGUGGGUGCACAGAGAAGUCGAGGGGGUUUGGGAGAGUUUGUUUAUAGAACGAUGAAUGUUGAUAUACACUCGCUUUGUUAAGAGAUAC